CCACAUCAUUUCAUCUCGCCUUCAAAAACCCUAAAAUUCCUUCUUCAAAUAAAUGGGUCGCCGAAAGAACAACAACAAUCAGGCCUCAGGAAGCUUCGGCGCCAUGGAAAGUCCUCACGAAAGCACAAAGAUUUGCUUCCGAGACGACGAUGACGACGCCGACGAAGCUCCCGACGCCGCCACUGAGAGCUCCAACCUAGACGAGUCCAUGUGCGACCUCGACGUCUCCCCCGUCGCCGGUGACAAAGCGGUCGGAGACCAAGACGUCCCCUUUAUCGACUCCGACGACAAAACCAGCGCCGAUUACUACUUCGAUUCCUACUCCCAUUUCGGUAUUCAUGAAGAAAUGUUGAAGGAUGUUGUGAGAACUAAGACAUACCAAAACGUGAUUUAUCAAAACGGGUUUCUGUUCAAGAACAAGGUAGUUCUUGAUGUCGGAGCGGGGACUGGGAUUUUGUCCCUGUUUUGCGCCAAAGCUGGGGCAAAACAUGUUUAUGCGGUUGAGUGCUCACAAAUGGCCGACAUGGCAAAACAAAUUGUUGAAGCUAAUGGAUUUUCAGACGUUAUAACGGUUUUGAAGGGAAAGAUGGAAGAGCUUGAGCUCCCAGUGCCUAAAGUGGAUAUAAUUGUCUCAGAAUGGAUGGGUUACUUCUUGCUGUUUGAGAAUAUGUUGAACACUGUUUUGUAUGCUCGUGAUAAAUGGCUGGCGAAUGAUGGGAUUGUAUUACCAGACAAAGCUUCUCUUUAUUUGACAGCCAUUGAGGAUGCAGAGUACAAAGAUGACAAGAUUGAAUUUUGGAACAAUGUCUAUGGCUUUAAUAUGAAGUGCAUCAAGAAACAAGCAAUGAUGGAGCCUCUCGUGGACACAGUUGACCAAAAUCAAAUUGUUACAAACACCCAGCUACUCAAGACAAUGGAUAUCUCUAAGAUGGCUCCUGGCGACGAUGCCUUCACAGCUCCCUUUAAGCUUGUGGCUGAGCGUGACGAUUUCAUUCAUGCUCUUGUAGCCUACUUUGAUGUAUCAUUUACCAAGUGUCAUAAAUUGCAAGGCUUCUCAACAGGGCCAAGAUCACGAGCUACUCAUUGGAAGCAAACUGUGCUCUACCUGGAAGAUGUGCUUACAAUUUGUCAAGGAGAGGCAAUUGUGGGAAGCAUGACUGUGGCUAAAAACAAAAAGAAUCCCCGAGACGUUGAUAUAGUACUCAAAUAUUCGUUCAACGGCCGGAGGGGUGCAGUCUCAAGAACUCAACAUUAUAAGAUGCGCUGAUCUUGGAAUGCUAUUUUUCAUAGCUCAAGGCCUCCAAGCAAACAAGAGUAAGAAGAAGUGGGAAAGCUUAAGAAGCUUAUUAAAGUUGCAGCAACUGAAGAAUGUUUCUGAGUUUGUUGCAUCGCAUUUUUGGAAGCUGCCAGUCUAGAUAGUAUUUGAAUGCAGAAAUGAGGCAGCAUAUUGUUUGGUUUUUCUUAAAAAUCUAGUUUGUCUGUAAUUCUGUCAUCAUUUCUUAUAGUUUGAGCACCAUGAAAUUUGUAAUGUCAAAAGUUUUUGAAUUUCUUUA